UCCCGCGUCGCCCCGCCAUUUACACCAGCGCCCACCCCAACCAUCGCGACCCACACACGAACCGCGCCCGCGAGGGGAGGGAGGAGGAGAAAAAAUAAGGAGAGGGAGAAAGAGAACGGAAAAGUUAGGGGGGAGAGACCCUGCGGCCGCGACGUCAAACUCGAAGCACGUCGGGGGGAGGUGGGGGAAGUAAUGUACCAGGCGAUCCCCUACAGCAGCGCCCGGCCGUGGCUCAUGCCGGCGGCCGAGGCGGGCGUCGUCGCCGUGAAGCCGGAGCCGGCGGCGGCGACCACCGGCGCGGAGGAGACCGCCCGGCCCGACGCCGCGGGGGUGGCGGCGGGGGACGACGGCGGCAGGGCGGAGGUCGAGAGGGCCGUGGCCGAGAGCCCGGUGCUGGUGGUGGGGCGGCGCGGGUGCUGCCUGAGCCACGUCGUGAAGCGGCUGCUGCAGGGCCUCGGGGUGAACCCGGCGGUGCACGAGGUCGCCGACGAGGCCGCGCUCGCCGGGGUCGUCCCGGCCGGCGGCGCCGAGGCCGCCGCGCUGCCCGCGGUGUUCGUCGGCGGGAAGCUCCUGGGCGGGCUGGACCGGCUCAUGGCCGUCCACAUCUCCGGCGAGCUCGUGCCCAUCCUCAAGAAGGCCGGCGCCCUCUGGCUCUAAUUCAACCAGGCGUGUUUCUCUUCCUCCCUUCCAGCUUCACAGAAGCGAUGGCGUCGUGAAUUUUAAUCCUGGCCGUUGGAUCGAGUACUACAUCACACCGCGGCGGACGGUGUGCUCCACUAGGACUUCGUUCGAUUUUCUUGAUUUAGGGGAAGCAAGAAAGGAAACGAUAAUUUCUAAUUUAUUUACAUAAUUUUAUCCGGUAAUAGCUUGUAUGGUAGCGUGUGUGAUGCGUGCUCACUUCGCUUCUUCCAUCAUGUGAAUACGGAAGACGAGCGAAGAUGGGAGAGAGAGAGAGAGAGAGAGACAGAGGGACGUUUGCCGCAUCUGUACAGUCGUUUCGGUUUCAGAUUUUAAUGAGGAUGAGCUGUCCGGUUUCCCAUUUCA